AUGAUUAAUGGGAGAAAGGCAAACCCUAACUCCGAGGAAGAUAUUAAUUAUUUUUUGAAUGCGAACAAUAAAGAAGGAAAGGGAGGAUGGGAAGAAUUUGUUGCUCUUCUCAGUCAGCCCCCUGUCAUUCAUUUUAAGGGCUAUGGUGGCUUCGUUACCAAAAAAGACCUUGAAAACUCCUCAGAAGGAAUGGAAACUUUUGGUUUAACUACUUGUAAUAAACCGGUUGAGAUCGAAACUAUUGUCCACGAAUUAGCCCACUCCAUAGUUGACACUAUGAAGCUUGAUUAUGAUGGUGAAGAAGGAGGAGGUCACGGAAAAUUAUUUUACGACUUAAUGGAAGACAUUGAGAAAAUGGUUCGAGAAACCCCUGAAUUUAAGGAAUUUGAAGAGUGA